ACUCUCUUUAUCUUUUCCUCCAAACUAGGCCCAUAAACUUUCUUACUUAUUCCCUUAAACCAUGUCACAGUUAACUCAACAAAAAGGUAGGGAAAAAGGGGUCUAAAUUCCGAAACCAACGCGUCUAAGUCAAACCAAUCUCACUAUAAAUAUGGUCACUUAUAAGGUCCAUUAAUUCAAUUCAACCCCAAAAGAGUUCUCACAACAACUACUUCUGCUUAACUUAAGCCUUAGGAUUCAAGGUUCAAACACACCAUGUCAUUUACCCUUGGCCAGAAAUUUUUCAAGAGGUUCUGUGUGGAUGAAUUCCAUAUGGGAAGUCUUCCAUAUAGCAGCUUUUUGUCCAAUGAUCUCUUGCCAUCCCUUGGAGCCAGAAUCAACCAAGAAACAAGACUUAGAAGAUACAUAGUUUCCCCUUUCAAUCCACGUUAUAGGGCAUGGGAGAUGCUACUAAUUGUCCUGGUUGUUUACUCUGCAUGGAUUUGCCCCUUUGAAUUUGCCUUUCUGCCUUACAAGCAAGACACACUGUUCAUCAUUGACAACAUUGUCAAUUCCUUCUUUGCCAUUGACAUCAUGCUCACAUUCUUUGUAGCAUAUCUUGAUAACCAUUCCUACCUUCUUGUUGAUCACCCCAAGAAAAUUGCAAUCAGGUACAUAUCUACCUGGUUUAUCUUUGAUGUCUGCUCAACUGCACCAUUUCAAUCUAUCAGCCUCCUCUUCACUGAUCACAGCAGUGAGAUUGGCUUCAAAGUUCUCAACAUGCUUCGGUUGUGGCGCUUGAGAAGAGUUAGUUCUCUGUUUGCAAGACUUGAGAAGGAUAUUCGCUUCAAUUACUUCUGGACUAGGUGCUCCAAGCUCAUUGCUGUAACUUUGUUUGCUGUGCACUGUGCUGGAUGCUUCAACUAUCUGAUAGCAGAUAGGUACCCAGAUGCCAAGAGGACAUGGAUUGGUGCUGUGUACCCAAAUUUCAAAGAAUUGAGUCUUUGGGAAAGAUAUGUGACAUCCAUGUAUUGGUCCAUUGUGACACUUACCACCACUGGCUAUGGGGAUCUACAUGCUGAAAACACAAGAGAGAUGCUUUUUGACAUCUUCUACAUGCUCUUCAACUUGGGAUUAACAGCAUACAUCAUUGGCAACAUGACUAAUCUGGUUGUCCACUGGACUAGCCGCACCAGAAAUUUUAGAGACACAGUGAGAGCAGCUUCAGAAUUUGCAUCAAGAAAUCAUCUGCCCCAUCACAUACAGGAUCAAAUGUUGUCACACUUGUGUUUGAAGUUCAAGACAGAAGGACUGAAGCAGCAAGAAACACUAAAUGGCAUGCCAAAGGCAAUUCGUGCAAGCAUUGCAUACCAUCUGUUUUUCUCUGUUGUGCAGAAGGUUUACAUCUUCCAAGGAGUCUCAGAUGACUUUCUUUUCCAACUGGUUACAGAGAUGGAAGCUGAGUAUUUCCCACCCAAGGAAGAUGUUAUACUACAAAAUGAGUCUCCCACGGACCUUUACAUGCUGGUUUCAGGGGCAGUGGAUCUGAUUCGCUAUGUUGAUGGCCAUGAUCAAAUUCUGAAGAAGGCUACUGCAGGAGACACAUUUGGGGAGAUUGGGGUGUUAUACUGUACACCACAGCCUUUCACUGUUCGGACCACUGAGCUUUCUCAAAUUUUAAGACUCAGCAGAAGUUCAUUGAUGAAUUCCUUACAUGCGUAUCCAGAAGCAGCACAAAUUAUAAUGAAAAAUAUUUUUACGGUGUUGAAAGGGCAUGAAGGAUUGGAUUUUGAAUAUCCACCUAGGGACCCUGGAUUGGCUCUUUACCAAAUGCAUGAUUGGGACAACACAAGAGGAAGUUUUUCUGAUGCAUCCAAAAAUAAUUCAGCCAGAUUGCAUUACUUGAUUCCUGAGGAUGGAAAAAGAGAUCUUCAUGCUACUUUGCCAAAUGGUCAUCCUGACAUGGAAGAAAAUGAAAAGAAGCUAAGCCCUAUAAGAUGGAAACAAAAACCUCUUGUAGGCCAGCAUCAAAACAAGAGCAUUUCUGACCUUGCAAUGAAUCAUGAAAAUAGGAAGACAUUAGAUGAACAUAUAAUUGAGUUUUUGGAGCCAGAAAUCCCUAUCAACCACCCUUUAGGAAAACUGUAUACUAACACUUAUUCAAGUACCUCUAACCAUAGAACUGAGAGAGAAACAGAAAGAUUCUUCAAAAAGAGAGUUACUAUCCACUUUCAUGGCAAACACAAAACCACCAUGCAGGAGCAGCAUGGGAAGUUGAUAAUCCUACCUGAUUCAUUAGAAGAGCUGCUCCAUAUUGCUGGAGAAAAGUUUGGAGUCUCCAAGCCUACAAAAGUAAUUACCAGAGAGAAUGCAGAGAUAGAUGAUAUUAGUGUCAUUCGAGAUGGUGAUCAUCUUUUUUUUUCUUUUUAGUGACACU